ACAGAACCGUGCUGAAUCCUCAUCUACCACAAUGAGCAACAAAUUCGUAGGCACCUGGAAACUUGCCUCCAGUGAGCGCUUUGAUGAUUACAUGAAAGCUCUGGGUGUGGGGUUAGCCACCAGGAAACUGGGAAAUUUGGCCAAACCUAAUGUGAUCAUCAGCAAGAAAGGGGAUAUCAUAACUAUACGAACUGAAAGUACCUUUAAAAAUACAGAGAUCUCCUUCAAGCUAGGCCAGGAAUUUGAAGAAACCACAGCUGACAACAGGAAAGCCAAGAGCAUUGUAACUCUGGAGAGAGGCACACUGAAGCAAGUACAGAAAUGGGAUGGCAAAGAGACAACCAUAAAAAGAAAGUUGGUGGAUGGGAAAAUGGUAGUGGAAAAGUGGAACUACGCUGAUAACAAGGAAGACCAAGUAAUCAUUUCAGCAGAUAGGGUGUCAGUAGCCCAAGCCAUCCUUGAGCUUGGUGUCCUCCUGCCCCAGCCUCCACAGGGAUCACAGGGUAUGCCGCUGCUCCUAGGCUCUCAAGUGGUUCCAGCCUACAGAGUGUAA